UAUUUAAGAAUUACUGUUGGAAGUGACGUAUGCUAUAAAAUGGAUUUGGGUUUUGUGUAAAUUUGGUUUAAUAUAAACAGUUUACAGAGUCUCCGAGGUAGAGCCGAGGCACCCAAAAUUCAGAACCCACCUCAAAUUCAACCAAAUCAUUUACACAUUUUAACUGCGCUUCUCUCUCUACAUGAAAACAUUUGAUAUCUGAAGAGAUCAGUAAGUAGCCAUGGGAAAGUGCACGAAGAAAGCAAAGAUGACGGCUGACGUAGCCCUCACCGAUGUCUCACACUCGUACCUUGGUGUUCGCACCCACACCAAAACCCUACCCCUUCGCCGCCUCCCCACCGCUGCCGCAUCUAAGCCCGACCUCCGCCUGGAAAAAACCAUGCACCCGAAAAAUUCACGACGCAGCUGCGGUUGCAGAGGCAAAGAAGACGCCGAAAUUGGAAUACACGAGGAGUUGUCGCCGCCAGAUUCAACUCAAGGAGAAGGCUUGGGGAUUGAGGCCUCUUUUGGGGAAAACAAUUUGGAUUUUCAUGUUAGACAAAGGACAUGUUGGAGUCCCCCUGCGCAUGAAGUGGAGGAGUUUUUCGCCCGUGAGGAGCAAUCCAUACACCGCCAUUUUCUCGAAAAAUACAACUUUGAUAUUGUGAGAGAUUUGGCGCUGCAUGGACGCUACGAAUGGGUGGCACUGCCACUGAGGCCAUAACACAACUCAUGUCUUUAUUGGGAACAAAAGCUGCUCACUAACAAUUUUCAUACCCUUGUAAAUUCAUCUAUUUUUCAUCAAUAAUAAAUUUCUAUUUUAAAGACAA